GGGACGGGACGAAGUUGGAGAACGUCGGAAACUCCGCUCAUUCCGAAAGGUUGCCAGUUCUGGUGUCAUGGAGCGACGGAGAAAAGUUGCUUGGAGCUCCUGCUGUUUCCCAUCCAACAGGCGACCAAGAAUCUCAUGUGGUUUACGACUGUUUGGAAGAAUGGGAUUGCUUAUCGAAGGUUUGCGCAAUGUCCUUCGACACAACGAGCGUCAACACGGGGAAGUUCAAAGGCAAAUUGACAUCUUUUCUGUCAGCUAAUUCUUUGUAAUAAGGCUUUCAUCAACUAUUUAGGAGCUUGCGUCAAGCUAGAGCAGUUGAUGGACAGAGAGCUUAUGUGGUUAGCAUGCCGUCACCACACGCAUGAGCUGAUUUUGGCCAAAGCCUUCUCCGUGUGUUUCGGGCCGUCGACGUCUCCCGAAAUACCGCUUUUUAAGCGGUUCCGGGACAAAUGGGAGGACAUCCCGAAGGAAAGGGUAGCGCCGCUGGUAGUCACCAAGAAGUGGUGUGCCCUCAAGGACACGGUGAUCAGCUACCUGAAAAGCGCAAAUACCUUUCCUAGGGAUGACUACAAGGAGCUGCUUGAGCUGACAUUGGUUGUGUUGGGGGAAACACCUGACAAAUUUACUUUCAAAAAACCCGGGCCGAUCCAUCAUGCCAGAUGGAUGGCAAAAAUGCUGUACGCCAUCAAGAUCUACCUGCUGCGGGAACAAGGGUGCUUAUUCGAACUGACGCGUGAGGAGGUUAAACAGCUGAAAAGGUUCGUGAGGUUUGGUACAUUGUUGUACGUCAAACCGUGGCUGCAAGCUCCACUCGGCGUUGACGCCGCGACGAACGACUUGAAUCUUUGGAACAGCAUCAACGAUUUUCGAAAAACCGAUCCGGAAAUAGCAUGUGCUACCUUAGCCGUACUUGAGCGCCACCUCUGGUACCUUUCAGACGAGCUCGUUGGCUUUUCUCUGUUCUCAGAAAAGGUAUCAGCAGAAGAAAAGCAACGGGUGGUGCAGGCAAUGAAAACUAUUCCCGCGGGUGAACGGUCUGUGCUCGGCGAUCCGGAGCUUUUGAAAACUGGCCGGGCAUCGCUAGCUGAUUUUUCGACGAUGCGAACGGCAUCAAUUUUUGCUAAAUUAUCCAUCGAUGAUUCAUUUACGGAGCGUCCACCAACCGAGUGGGCAGAAAUUGAAGGUUUCAAGGCAGGAUUACGAGUGGUGCAGAACCUGAAGGUCGUGAACGACAUUGCGGAGCGGGGCGUAAAAUUGUGCGAAGAAUAUAACAAAGUGUUCACAAAGAACGAAGCCGAAAACCAACGAGUUCUACAAGUUGUCGAGCUUAACAGAAAGGCCGUCAAAACAGAUUGUACCAAGGCGGAGUUGCUGCAAAAAUUUCAUUGAUUUGUUCACCUGUUCAUUUGUUUAUUGAUUGUUUAUCGUUACUGUUAUUGAUUGUUUCACGAUACUGUUGAUUAAAAUAUUGUUGU